AUGGACGACGCGAAGCAUUCGAAGACGCCCUCGCUUCCUGCAACAACGCCCACCCCUGAGUCGGCUGACAAGCCAACUGCUCGCUACGGCACCACAGUAGGCUCUGACGGGAUGCGAAACAUGAUGGAUCUCUGUCACACGUGGGUCCGUCGAAGCAAGGAACAUAACGGGUUGCGUGAUCCAAUAUACGCCGAGCUGUUGAUGAGUAUUCCGUACCAGGACACGACGGAGAAGGGUCAGGCCCUUGAGUCACCUUUCGUUGAUAAACUCGUCAAUCUCUUCCAAGCUGCGAAGGACGAGCUCUUGGCGCGGGAGAAUGUCAGCGACGAGAAGAAGAAGUUAGCCGAUGUAGAACUCCCUUCCGUGAAAGACGUCCAGGGGGUCCUGGCACAUUGGAAAAGAAUGGUUACCCUCCCGAGAUCGGCGCGAGGUGGCUACCACAAGCCUGUUCUUAACGGACAGCAUACGGAUUUCCUCGACACGAUGAACAGCAACAGCUUACCAAUGCUUCCAACGGAUCCAGCUGCUUCUCGGAAACUGAGUGCUGGCUUCGACUACUCGCAAAGUCCCAAGCCCGUUCUCCGCCUUCGGGAUCCCUUUCAUCCGGUUGGGAUCACUGCCCACUCGAUAGAUAACCCAUCUCGAGAGGAGACUGCGACCAUUAGGCAGGGCCAAGGUGGCUUUCUGUCACACACGCAGGCAAUCCAAGCUGGCGAGGCAUCUGCUGACGUUGACAAAACCGGACAGGACACUCAACCGACGAUGUCCAAGCCCGAUGGUUCUUUGAGGCCGGGAGUUGUCAUCACGAUUUCCUCUUCGAAUUCCCAACAGGGCGGACCUAGCCAAGAGGCGCUCACCGUUGUCGUGGAUCAGAACCUAAUGGCAAAGGCCGGCGUGUGCAUAAACAUCUACAACUCGGGUUCGGUAACUCCGGGUCUGGAGGCCACUGCGGCGACGACUGGGACCACCCCGAAGGCUCCUGCGGUUGACCCCGUGGAAGCCGCAAAGAUUGAUGACACUGGUAGCAAGGGCACGGGGAGUGCUCAAGAGCAGCCGAGUACCGACGAGCGCAUCACGCGUCUCGAGGCCCGCCUCGCACGUCUCGUGGAGGUGGUCGGGAAGAGCUGCGGCAUUGGGUGGGUGCAAGGGUUGGAAAAUGAAGGCCAGAGCUAA